AAACGGGAAGCGAUCUAUUUAUUUGCUUGCCGUUCCCAAAAUAUUCAAUUUAAAUACUGUAUUUAGUGUCGCAAGAUAUCAAAUAAUAUAUCAUUUCUAUCGGCAUUAGUUAUUUGAUCAUUUUAGAUCACCGAAGAUGUCAUUCGCGGCCGCAACUGAAGAAAUCGACGAGGUAAAAGAGAGGGCCCACUUCGUCGCCGUUGUGAACGCAUUUAAGUACUACAAAUUAUGCAGCCUGGACAGAAUACACAAGUCCGAAAAGAUCAUAUCCAUGCUGCCCAUAACGCACCAGCGGCGCCUCGACAAAUACAAGACUUACCUGACCAAAUUCAAACAGUGCCUUGAUGUGAACAAUACCGUAGUCCACCUGAUCAUCAAGGAUGUGGACACUAUGUUCGAGAAUGUGGACCAUAGCAACAGUAUGGAGAUAGGCACGAAUGGGGAGAGCUUUGGAUGCAACUAUAAUAACUGUGAGAUCGCCUCGCAGAAGCAGCAUAAGAUGCAGCAUGAUGUUGAGAAGGUCCAAUCGGUGCUAAAGAACAUAGUGAGAGACUGGAGCGACAUCGGCGCGGCGGAGAGGGAACAGUGCUACACGCCGAUACUCAACGAGCUGGAGGAACGGUAUCCUAAAGAGGAGUACAGUGACCGCGGCCAGGUCAAGGUGUUGGUCCCGGGAGCAGGGCUGGGCCGGCUGGCCUGGGAGACGGCGGCGCGAGGGUUCGCGUGCCAGGGCAACGAGUUUUCGCUGUUCAUGCUGUUCGCAAGCAACUUUAUACUCAACAGGUGUCCGGAGGCCAAUAAAUACACAGUACACCCGUGGGUGCACCAAUACGUGAACAACGUGACAUGUGACCACCAACUGCUGGCUGCACAGUUUCCGGAUGUGCGACCUUCUGGGGACAGACCUAACCAUAACUUCUCGAUGACCGCUGGGGAUUUUCUUAAGGUAUACACAGAGGCCGAGGAAUGGGACUGCGUGGCGACGUGUUUCUUCAUAGACUGUGCACCAAACGUCAUAGAGUUCGUCGAGAGAAUCUAUAGCAUACUGCAACCUGGGGGCUUCUGGAUCAACCUGGGACCACUACUGUAUCACUACAGUGAUAUGACGACAGAGAACAGCAUCGAGCCUCCAUACGAUAUACUACUGGACAUCAUCAGAGAUGUGGGCUUCGAUAUAUUGAAAGAGCAGACCGGCGUGAAGACGAAAUACGCACAAAACCCAAACUCCAUGAUGCAGCACGAGUACGACUCAGUUUUCUUCGUGUGCAGGAAGCCUUACUGCUAAUAUACACGGCCGAGGCGUAAACUGUCAUAAGUAAGAUUUUUGAAAAUUUUAAACAUGGCGCAUGGCAAAUU